AUGAAAAUGCCAACAUCACCGAAAACUCGGGUUCUAGUAGUCGGCGGGGGACUAGGAGGGCUUGUCCUCGCAAUCCUCUUGCAAAGAGCCGGAAUCGACUAUUUAGUUCUCGAACAGAGUGUCCUGAUCCGACCCAUUGGCAGCGUCAUCGCCCUUAGCCCGCUGGUCCUCCCACUCUUGGAGCAAUUGGGACUUCUUGAUGAGAUCAAGCUGCUUUCGAAACCGCUUGGCAAAAUCACGAUUCUGAGGGACGAUUUGUCGAUCCCCAAGGAGCGCAUCCACCUCGGCAAACGAUUCGUCAACUCCCAAAACAUCAUCGAUCCAGCUACAAGAAUUUGCCACCAAGUACAGGUCCGUUGUUCUGACGGGAGCCUCUAUUUGGCGGAUGUGUUGGUAGGAGCUGAUGGAGCAUCGAGUGCAGUCCGGCAGAGUCUCUUCCGGCAGGUCAAGGAAGAACAUGGAAGCGGAAUCGGUAGUCAUGGUCACGGUCAGAAACCGUUGCCGAAGCAGGAUCAAGAAGAACAACGGUACAAACAGGUUGCUCUCGUGGGGGUGACCAGCCCUCUGAACUUGAAGCGGUACCCGGAUCUGGGGGAGGCGUUUUCGCAGUUCAAGGUCAUCCUCAACCGGCACUCGCCUUACAUGGAGUCUGAAUGGGGUCCAGAUGCGACAGACGAAAUGAGUAAAGCAGUACGACACUUGAAGGGGCCGGAUGAAGGUGGUCAGGGCACAGUUGGAGACCUGAUCGAUGCAACAGAUCGACAGUUGAUCUCGAAGGUCAUGUUAGAGGAACGUAUCUUCAAGACUUGGUAUGGAGGACGAACUGUCCUUCUUGGCGAUGGUGCGUUGGUCUCCGGAAAAUCAUCGCCAGCAGCACCCGCAACACCCUAUAUACCCUCCAGUAACCGACAUCGAACAGACUCUGUCCAUACAUCAUCACUCUCGAGCACCGCCAUCACAUGGACAGUUGAAGAUCUACACCGAAAAGUCUUCAAACCCUACUAUCAAGCAAGACUCCCCGUCGUUCGAGAAGUCGUCGACAGUUCAAGUACACUCGGAGCUCUGUUGGUCAAGGACGGAUGGCUGGCCGAGGUGAAACGGAAGUUGGUGUUUACGAUCCAGGACUCGUGGAUGGGUCGGUCGUUUGUCGAUCGGGCCUAUGCUCAUCGGAUCCAAGCCACAUUCCUGAAAUUGGCGCCCGACCGUGGGUCCGUACCGCCGAGUCAGAGUAAGAUUGUUGUGGCUUUGAAAAAGGGUGAUGGUGGAGGUGGAGGGAUUGAGGAGGAGGAGGAGGAUAGGUAUCAGGAUAUGGAUUCGCCUGAGGGUCGGAGGAGACUGGAUAUGCAGCUCCUGCAGUUGCAGCAGGUACAGCAGAUGAAGCAGCAGCAACAGCAACAGCAACCUCACCUACACCAUCAUCAGGAGGACCAACAGGGAGAGCAGGAAGAAUCCAACCAACGACAUCGGGCGAUACGUAAUCGGCACUCAGAUAGUACUCAUCACCAAUACUCGACCACCCAGGACAAAGGCCAUGCACAAGUGGAUGAGUUCAUGACAGGCCAGAGCUCAGCUAUCUUCUUAUAA